CCGAGAGCUCCGGGCGGUCGCAUUGUUUUCCUCCGCGGAGCCGUGGCCAGAGUGGGCUCUGCGGCUCGGACCCCGGACUCGCGAAACCCGAGAGCCCUCCCGGAGCCCCCAGCUCCUGGCUGCCUGCCCCCUCACUCCAAACCGAGACCCUCUCCUUGUUUCCUGGGAUCCCCGCUCCCGGACCCCAAAAAUCGGGACCCCCGGGAUCCCUGAGCCCCGGACUCUCGAGCCCGCGGCCGCCGCCUCCACCCCACGGACCUGGCUUCCAGGGCUUGACAUAUGGGUGAGAAGGUGCCACCUGGGGCCUGAGCCGGCCUGCCCAGGAUGCCCCGUGGCCCUCCCUUCACGUCCUUGUUGCUCCUGCUGUUGCUGCUAUCUCUCACUCCUCGUACCCGAGCCACCUUCCCCCAGGAUCCUCUCCCUCUAGUGACCUUUGACCUCCAAGGUGUAUCACCAUCAUCCUGGUUUCGAGGCUUAGAAGAUGAUGCUGUGGCUAGAGAGCUUGGUCUGGACUUUCAGAGGUUCCUGUCCUUGAACCAAACGUUGCUGGUAGCUGCCUGGGAUCAUGUUUUCUCCUUUGAUCUUCAGGCUCAAGACUGGGAAGGGCUGGUACCAGACAAGUAUCUGACAUGGAGAAGUCAAGAUGUGGAGAACUGUGCUGUUCGAGGGAAGGACGAGUGCUACAACUACAUCCGUGUCCUCGUUCCCCGGGACUCCCGGACCCUCCGCUGCGGGACAAAUUCAUUCAGCCCCAUGUGUCGCAGCUAUGGGAUCUCUUCCCUGCAGCAGGAAGGCGAGGAGCUGAGUGGACAAGCGCGAUGCCUCGAUGCCACACAGUCCAGCGUCGCCAUCUUUGCAGAGGGUAGCCUUUACUCAGCCACGGCUGCAGAUUUCCAGGCCAGCGACGCCGUGGUUUAUCGAAGUUUCGGCCCUCAACCCCCUCUCCGCUCCGCCAAGUACGACUCCAAGUGGCUUCGAGAGCCACACUUUGUCCAUGCCGUGGAACACAGAGACCAUGUUUACUUCUUUUUCCGAGAAGUCUCUGUGGAGGACGCUCGGCUGGGACGGGUACAGUUCUCUCGUGUAGCACGUGUGUGUAAGCGUGAUGUAGGGGGCUCUCCCCGGGCCCCUGGAUCGUACUGGACAUCCUUUCUGAAGCUUCGGCUUAACUGUUGUCCGGGAGACUCUGCCUUCUACUUUGAUGUACUGCAGGCCCUGACUGGGCCUGUCCCUCUGCAUGGACGUCCUGCUGUAUUUGGGGUCUUCACCACCCAGACCAACAGCAUCCCCGGCUCUGCUGUCUGUGCCUUCUACCUGGAUGACAUUGAACAUGGGUUUGAGGGCAAGUUCAAGGAGCAGAGGAGCCCAGAUGGGGCCUGGACCCCUGUGCCUGAGGACAGGGUCCCCUCACCCAGGCCAGGAUCCUGUGCAGGGGUGGGUAGAGCUGCUUCAUUUCCUUCUUCCCGGGACCUCCCUGAUGAAGUCCUGACUUUCAUCAAGGCUCACCCUCUGCUGGAUCCCGCUGCGCCUGCCACCCAUCGGCCCCUUCUCACCCGAACUGGCAGAGCCCUGCUGACCCAGGUGGCUGUGGAUGGAGCAGCUGGUCGCUGGGGCAAUACCACUGUCCUCUUCUUGGGUACCGAGGAUGGGACAGUACUGAAGGUGCUCCCCCCAGGAGGGGAGUAUGGGAACGCUGAGCCCGUCUUACUGGAGGAGAUCGACACCUACAGCUCUUCCCGCUGUGGUGGGAAGCGAUCAGUACAGUUAGCCCGACGGGUUCUUGGACUGGUGCUGGAUGAGGGACACAGCCUCUUUGUAGCCUUUUCAGGCUGAGUCAACAUGCCUCUCAGUCGAUGUACACGGCAUGGGGCUUGUCAAAGAAGCUGUCUUGGCUCUCAGGACCCAUAUUGUGGGUGGGAAAGCCUCAAAGGCUGCGUGGAUGUCAGGGGACCUGUCUGGACUGACCUGGAGCUGGAUGGAGACAAGGAAAUCACGGAGGAGAGAGACUGCCACGAUGGGGGCCACUGGGGAGUCAUUCAGGGCCAGGGGGAUUCUGCCUAUGGUGUUCGCCGAGACCCUCCCCAUGCUUCAUCCCUCACACCAUCCCCAUGCCACUCCUUCUGGCCAGUGUGGCCAGCAGCCUUUGCCCUGGGGGCCCUCUAUUUCUGGUUUCCUGGUUCCUGUGCUUGUCGUCAUGCCUAUCGACACGCUCACCGGGGAAAGGAUGUCGAGACUCCUGGACUCCCCCGCCCCCUGUCUCUCAGAAGCUUAGCCAGGCUCCAUGGUGGGGGGUCUGACCCCCCACCCCCAGCCAAGGAUGGGGAUUCUCCCCCCGUGCCCCAGCUCUAUACUACCUUCCUACCACCCACAGAGGGUAUGCCUGCCCCAGAGCUAGCCUGCCGCCCCCCCAGAAUCCACCCAGAGCUUCCAGUCAAGCAGCUCCAACCAGUCCAGGGGCCUUGGGAGUGGACCCACAAUGGGAACAAUGCCAAGGACAGCUCUGCCCACUCCCGAAGCGGCUCUGGACCGCCCGAGGGUGUUGGUGAGGCGCCCCCUCCUGGCUGUCCUGGUCAGGCUGUGGAAGUGACCACCUUGGAGGAGCUGCUUCGAUAUCUCCGCCCCCAGCCUCCGAGGAAGGGGACAGAGCCCGAGGUCCGGCACCGGAGCCAGUCCAUGGCCUCUUUUCCUGGCCCCUCUCCACUCCCACGAGACUGUACCCCUCCACUGAGGCUGGACAUUCCCCCUGAUGGGAAGUGUCCACCCCUGUCCCGCCCUCCACUCUCUGCCCCUGCUCCUCGACUUGGGAUUGGGGCACCCGGGGCAUAUCCCCUUUCACCACACCGGGUGCCCCCAGGCCUGCUGACUAGAAGUCCCUUCAGUGGGACCUCAAGAUAUUCUGGGGCUCAGGGAAGGUACCCUCUGUACCUUGGCCGGCCUGAAGAUACAGGGGACGCGCCCUGAAGAUGGUCCGAUGUGGAGAAGCCACAGCUACCCCCAAAGGCUCCUCUCUUGUGACCUCCCCCCUCAAGUCUCCCCUCUGGUGGUCACUUUAACGUAUUGGAUGGUAACUACCCUGCCUAGAAAGGGUGUGACAGUGAAGACUGAAGGGACAGAUAACUCGCACUAAUCACAUUGCCUACUUCCAUCCUUCCUGGACUUGGACCUCUCCUCUCCUGUACUUAUUGCCCAUUUUGGCUUAUUUAUUGAAUCAUCAUAGUCUUCCCCUCGUGCCCCUAGCCUCCAGGGGUCUGGGUAAUGGGCGAGGCCUCCCCUCCCCCUCCCACCACUGUGAGCCAGCCCUACCUAGUGGGAGCUGGCUGGGCUCCCCCCCCUUAUCUCCUCCCAGCCAAGCUGCCUUAGCCCUUCCCCUCCCAGCUCCCUCCACAGUCUGGGCCCUCCAGAUUGGGGGAUUGGGGUAGGGGUAACGUCUGUAUAAUGUACAGCGUUCUCGGGGCUGCCCCGAGACAGCAUCACCUCCUACUGUGUAGAGCUCCCCCUCACCCCAUACAACGACGUGCCCCCA